AUGGUGGAAGAUAUUGGAAGGGGGUUGUCUGAUGAUGAUUUGGAGUCAGAACAACUGUUAACUCCAGAAAAUAGUGGUAGUGAGGAGGAUAACAAUGCAGACAAACCAAGUCGAUGUCCAUUUCCUACAUUUGGAAAGAAAAAGUCAAUGGUAGAUUACAAAUGGGAAGUUGGUACUAUUUUUAAUGAUAAAGAGGAUUUUAAGGAAGCAAUUAGAAACUAUGCUAUUCAUACUGGGAGGGAUCUUAAGUUUGUAAAGAAUGAUAAGCGUAGGGUUCGCGUGAGAUGCAUGGAUGCACAAAAAAAGUGCCCAUGGCUUCGAGGAGAUCUGGAUCAACCUCGCUUCGCGUAUCUGACAUUCUCCUUGAAGACUCUUCCAUCAUCAACUGUUAAGAUUAAAGUGAACAGUGAUAAUGGUGAGGCAAUCUUUGAAAGAAUUUACGUAUGUCUGAAUGCAUGUAAGAAGAGUUUUGUAAGUUGCAGGCCAUCAUCUUUUUUGGAUGGUUGUUUUUUGAAAGGUCUAUAUAAGGGAGAGUUGCUUACAGCAGUUGGUAGGGACCCAAAUGACCAUAUGCUUCCCAUAGCAUAUGCAGUAGUUGAAGUUGAAAAUAAAGAUAGUUGGAGUUGGUUUUUGCAAUUAUUGAUUGAAGACCUUGGUGGUAAUGAAAUAUGUCGAGCAUGCACGUGGAUGUCUGACCAACAAAAGGGGUUGGUACAUGCUAUUGAAGAGCUUUUGCCUAAGGCAGAACAAAGAUUCUGCAUCAGGCACCUUUAUGCUAACUUCAGGAAGCAGUUUAGUGGUCAAAUAUUGAAGAAUUUGAUGUGGAGUGCUGCAACAAGCAAGUUUUGGUCAAGAUCUAGAUUCAUAGCUCAAGCAAGUUGUGAUAGUCUAGAUAACAACAUCAGUGAAGGUUUCAACAAUGUCCUUAUUCAUGCUAGAGGAAAACCAAUAAUCACAUUGCUGGAAGAUAUUAGACUGUAUUUGAUGAAAAGGUGGGCAACAAACAGAAUGGAGGUGGCAUCUAUGGAUUUCAAUGUUUGUCCAAAGAUCAAGAAGAGACUAUCAAAGGAAUGUCAAUUGUCUAGAUAUUGGAUCCCAAGCUGGUCUACAAGAUGGAUUUUUGAGGUUGGGCAUGUUUCAGCUGUUGGGAACAAGUUCACAGUGGACCUGGAUACUCAUGAAUGUGGCUGCAGGAAGUGGAUGAUCAGUGGCAUCCCAUGUUGCCAUGCAGUAGCAGCGAUGCACUACAUAAAUUUAGACCCAGACACUUUUAUACCAACUUGGUUCAUGAAAUCCACAUACGAAGAGACAUAUGCAUCCAUCAUUUGUCCUAUGAAUGGCCACGUCCUAUGGGAAAAUACAAGCUUCCCUCAUGUACUGCCACCAGUUAAGAGGAAGAUGCCUGGGAGGCCAAAGAAGAAAAGAAGAUUGGAGUCAUGGGAGUUAACCAAGGAUGGGACCUAG